AAAAUGACGCGACCGUCAUACUGCUGGCCCUGCACUGCUAAACAAGCGUGGAUCUGCAGUAGCAUUACUUGAUAAAUGACUUGUAUUCCGUGAUUUACUUCAAUUUACCGUACUUGCAUCUUGCGCAGUAAAUCCGGACUAGCUUUGUGACAUUUUAGGAGCGCGGUAACGGCAACAGCGACCAACGAGGAUGUUUAAAAAAUUUGACGAUAAGGAAAAUGUCUCGAACUGUAUCCAGCUGAAAACAUCGGUGAUCAAAGGCAUCAAAAAUCAGCUCUUGGAACUAUUUCCUGACAUUGAGUCCUCGCUUAAUCACAUAAUGCCAAAAAAGGAUCCUGUCAAAAUAGUGAGAUGCCACGAACACAUUGAAAUCCUGACAGUGAACGGAGAGCUGCUUUUCUUCAGACAGAGAGAAGGACCAUUCUACCCGACACUCAGACUGUUGCAUAAAUAUCCUUUCAUUCUUCCACACCAGCAAGUAGACAAAGGAGCCAUUAAAUUUGUCCUAAGUGGAGCCAACAUAAUGUGCCCCGGGCUGACGUCACCAGGCGCUAAACUCUACCCAGCUGCAACCGACACUGUAGUUGCCAUAAUGGCGGAGGGAAAACAACAUGCACUUUGUGUUGGCAUCAUGAAGAUGUCUGCAGACAGCAUAGAAAAAGUCAACAAGGGAAUUGGAAUUGAGAACGUUCACUAUUUGAAUGAUGGAUUGUGGCACAUGAAGACGUAUAAAUGAUGACAUCAGCACCUGCAACGCACCCCCCUACCCCCGGAAAGUGUGGAGCUCUCGACAGCAACGCAUGAGCUACCCGUCAACUGUUUACACCUAAGGACUUAGCUGUGUAACCUGCUUUGAAUCAAUCACCAUAUGCACAAAUAAAAAGAUCUUGCUUCAAAUUGUUAUCUCAGUUGGUAUUUUGCAUUGGAUCCAAUUUAAGCUCAAAGUACAAGAUUGUACAACACUGGGUUGCAAAACGAAAUGCAGCAAAGGCAGCCGAUACUCGUGUAUCUCUUGCCACACGGCAGCAGGAUGAACAGGCUGUAGAUUGGGUGGGUUGUGUCUUUUUUAAUGUCCUUUGGGCCCUUCGCAGGCACCUCUCGUCACUAAUGAUGUUCUGGGCGGUUUUAAUCACCCACUGUAGAGUCCGUCUGUCCUAGGAAAUUAAUAUCCCAUGCCAGUUAGGUUUCCAGUCAGGAUGCUUUCUAUUAGUCGUGUGUAAAAGUUAAAUUGGCAUGGGAAUUUGCUUCAAAGUUUCUCAAGAAAUACAGCCGCGAGAUCGAUUUCCUCUCUGUAUGAAGUCUCAUCGUUGUUUGCCUCAGAGGGCUUUACAAUCUGUACACAUACGGUGACGGUAGUGUCAUCUGCAAACUUUACAACGGUUCUCAUUGUUGGCGGUAGCAGUCAAGUGUACAGCGUGAACAGGAGGGGGCUGGGCACAGUAUCUAGUUGGAGUUAUGACAUAGCCUGUCUACUCAUCAAUCCAGGAUGUGAACAUGUUUACACCACUGAAGGAGUGGCAGAGUGUCACUGGUUUACCACAGUUAGACCUGUUAUUCUGCUCCCCCCACUAGUGAGUAGAGCUGUUCACUCUUCUUACUGUUGGAUAAAGUUCAGCUGCUGUUUUGUGAUUGUUGAUUCAACUUUAAAGGUAAUUUUAGAGGUUUGUGGUGCACAAUAUAAAGGUGCGUUUAUGGCCAAUAGUGCUCAUAACCUUUAUUAUAAUCCAACUACAUAUUUCAGGGUAUCAAUGAGAACUGCAAUACUUUUAUUUGUUUCUUACCUGACAGCAGCAAAGUGAAUAUACAUUAUAUGUACAACAUAGUGGCCUGCAAUAAAAUACAUUCACAGUUUAAAAAUUAGUUCAGUUUAACAAAGCAGUCCUUUACCUGUAAAAAUAUUCCCCUUUACCAAAAAUCAUUCAGUAUGCUUGGCAAGGUGUAAACCAUUAACAUCUGGAAGCUACCACUCUAUUCCACAACAGUCCUUGUUGGAUCAUUCAACACCAGAGAACUAUAUUAAACAAAUAGAUUUUAUUAUGCAAAAGUCAUUUUUUUUUUUUUUUAAAUUAGUCAUCUUGUUAGGCUGACACCCAGACUGUGCGUGUCUUCUAAUGUGUGACAAAAGAAAAUACAGCAUGUACUUUACCCAGGAGGUCAACAUUGAGGAUUAUUAUUUUCCAUGAAACUCCAAUUCUUCAUAAGUGGAGCUAACCAAGCA